GUGGAAGGCACUGCCGCCCGCAGUAAUAAACCCCCCCCCCCCCCCUCCCUUCGAGUGACUGAAGAAGAAGAAGAAGAACAAACAGCACUGCUGCCUGCGUAGUUCGUACGUUCCGUCGAUCCAUCCAUCCUGCAUCGGUGAAAGAAGAAGAGAUCAGAUCAGCCAUCUUUCGCCAGAGCUAGAGCCGAAAACUUGUGCCAUGGCGGCUCUGGUCACGUCCCAGCUCGCCGCCACGUGUGCCGGCAUGCCGCCGCCGCCGUCGUCCGUGCUCCGGCGCGGCCACCAUGGCAAGAUCGUCGGCAUGAGGACCACCGCCCGCGCGACGGCGCCUGCGCGGAGGACCACGACGACGCCGCAGCGCGGGGGCCGGAUCAUCAGGCGCGCCUCCGCCGUGGUGCGCGCCGGCGCCGGCGCCACGGGCGCUGGCAUGAACAUCGUCUUCGUCGGCGCCGAGAUGGCGCCCUGGAGCAAGACCGGCGGCCUCGGCGACGUCCUCGGCGGCCUCCCGCCCGCCAUGGCCGCGAACGGGCACCGGGUCAUGGUCAUCUCCCCGCGCUACGACCAGUACAAGGACGCCUGGGACACCAGCGUCGUCGCCGAGAUCAAGGUCGGGGACAGCUACGAGAUGGUGAGGUUCUUCCACUGCUACAAGCGCGGCGUCGACCGCGUCUUCGUCGACCACCCAUGGUUCCUCGAGAAGGUUUGGGGCAAGACCGGCGAGAAGAUCUACGGGCCCGACACGGGCACGGAUUACAAGGACAACCAGCUCCGCUUCAGCCUUCUUUGCCAGGCAGCGCUGGAAGUACCCAGGAUCCUCAGCCUCGACAACAACCCGUUCUACUCAGGACCCUACGGGGAAGACGUGGUGUUCGUGUGCAACGACUGGCACACAGGCCCGCUCGCCUGCUACCUCAAGAACAGCUACCAGUCCAACGGCAUCUACAGAACCGCAAAGGUUGCUUUCUGCAUCCACAACAUCUCGUACCAGGGCCGCUUCUCCUUAGACGACUUCUCGCUGCUGAACCUUCCCGCUCGGUUCAAGUCGUCCUUCGACUUCAUCGACGGGUACGACAAGCCGGUGGAAGGGCCCAAGAUCAACUGGAUGAAGGGCGGGAUCCUGGAGGCCGACAGGGUGCUGACGGUGAGCCCGUACUACGCGGAGGAGCUCAUUUCCGGGAUCGCCAGGGGCUGUGAGCUGGACAACAUCAUGCGGCUUACGGGGAUCACCGGCAUCGUCAACGGCAUGGACGUCAGCGAGUGGGAUCCCACCAAGGACAAGUUCAUCGCGGUCAAAUAUGACGCCUCCACCGCGGUGGAGGGGAAGGCGCUGAACAAGGAGGCGCUGCAGGCCGAGGUGGGGCUGCCGGUGGACCGGAAGGUGCCGCUGGUGGCGUUCAUCGGCAGGCUGGAGGAGCAGAAGGGACCCGACGUCAUCGCCGCCGCCAUCCCUGAGAUCUUGGACGAAGACGUCCAGAUCGUCCUCCUGGGCACCGGGAAGAAGAAGUUCGAGCGGCUGUUCAAGAGCUUGGAGGAGAGGUUCCCGGAGAAGGUGCGUGCCGUGGUGAAGUUCAACGCGCCGCUGGCGCACUACAUCAUGGCCGGCGCCGACCUGCUCGCCGUCACCAGCCGCUUCGAGCCCUGCGGCCUCAUCCAGCUCCAAGGGAUGCGCUACGGCACGCCCUGCGCGUGCGCUUCCACCGGCGGUCUUGUGGACACGAUCGUCGAGGGCGAGACUGGGUUCCACAUGGGCCGCCUCAGCGUCGACUGCAACGUGGUGGAGCCGGAGGACGUGAAGAAGGUGGCGACCACCCUGAAGCGCGCCGUCAAGGUCGUCGGCACGCCGGCGCACCAGGAGAUGGUCAGGAACUGCAUGGCCCAGGACCUCUCCUGGAAGGGGCCUGCCAAGAACUGGGAGGAGGUGCUGCUGGGGCUGGGGGUCGCCGGGAGCGAGCCGGGGAUCGUCGGCGAGGAGAUCGCGCCGCUCGCCAAGGAGAACGUCGCCGCUCCCUGAAGAGACUCUCCAUCCAGCUGCAGAAUUCAGCAUCAAGUGCGUGCAGGAAACAAUGGAACAUCCAGGAUAUUCGGGGUUUAGUAUAUGGGCAGAAAGAGGUAGUCGCUUGUUGUAGUACUGAUAUAUAUAGCCAGCCAGUGUAGGCUAAUCAAUAAGUUUGAGAUUGUGCUUGCGAGUGUGUGUAUUAAAGUGUUGAAACCGUGCUUUGCAUUUCGAUGUGGUAUAUUGGAAAUAAGCAAAUGAUCUACUAUUAUGAAUUGUA